AUGCCAAUUGAUACUGUCAUUAUUUCAGGUUUCAAGCUUGAUACAAAAGUUUUGAUGAUUAAAGUUGUUUCCGACAAGUUAGCUUGCGUAAUGGAAUGCUACAAAGAGGCAUGCUGUAGAUCAAUUAACUAUAAAAAGACAUCAACCUUCCAGAAUGAACCAAAUUGUGAAAUAUUACACAACGUGGUCCACAAUAGUUCUGAGAAUGCAUUGAUGAAAACCUCUUCAUUCGAUUAUGUCUAUCUUGUUGACCCAGAAAAGGUAAGAUGAGUGUGGCCGUAUAGUAAAUUUUUCAACGAAAGCCGGAAUUAGUAUUUCCUCUCCUCUGUCCCUAGAAACAACGCAAAAGAGCAAAUGUGUGCCCAUGUAUGGCCAGAGAAUUCAAGUGGUUUUGCCAGGGGUUUUUUUCUGAUCAUUCAACUAUCUAAUUAGUGGCGUCAGUAUAACGACUGAUAAAUUACUUAGCUUUAGGGAAACCAGGGUAAAUCAUUAAUAAACUAAUACAGUAUAAUAGCUGAUAGGACUGUAGCUAUUUCACCUAAAAUCACUACAAGCGAUGUUGAAAAUAGUUUAAAAUUAAAUUAACGAGCUUUUCCACUGUAGGAAUACAAUGCCAGCUGUUUUGCAAACGAUUCAGAGGACAACGUCAGAGGUACCAAUAUUACAUUCAAUAAUUUGGUGAUUUAUUUUGUUAUUGUUAAAGGGAAAUGGCAAUAUAUUUUUUUAUUUUUUGAUUUGGGAGAACUUUUAAGACUAUAUAUAUAAUACUCUUUACCGUUUUUUUCAUAUCUUACUUACUGCUACAAAUGUUUUGAUCGAAAGGUAUAAAAUGUCCGCCAUCUUCAUGAAGAAUUUUUGUAGAUAUGUAUGUACGUCACAACAGGGAUCACGCAAUAUUUUUAUCUAGACAACCACUAAUCAUUUUGCACUCAAAACUAUACUCUGUGUGCUCUUCGAAAUUUCAAGAUCACUAAAACCUUUCAAACACUCAUUAAUAAUUCUGUCAUAAGUUUAUUGGCAAAUCAUGUCAACCAUAAUAUGUCACGUGCAGUGGCUUUUAACCUGUCAUGGUAAAACACUCCUAAUUAGUAUUCUUUAUAUAAAGUUUACUAAUAACGCUGUAUCUAUUGUAGUCGUGUCCGCAUUAAAUUUGUUAUAAAAAGUUUAUAUACUGAUUUCCAAACCUCGAUAAUUACCUCUGAAUUCCCACUCCUUUUAUUAUAGUUGGCCAUGGCGUAUUGCAAGGAGAUUGCCUCAUUCCUCUUCUUUUUAACAUGUGCUUCAAUAUAUUCAUUCAGCAUACCAAUGCUGAAAAGUACCGUCAUUCUGGAUUUUCCUUCAAAUUACUUAAUCCCAUCAACAGGUCCCAGUUUGCUGAUGUUGCGGCAGUAAGUACUGGCCAAGAAUCCGAAAACUAACAUCUAUUAAAUCUAUUUUCUAUCUCACUGGUGCCAAUGGUCUGAUAUGAUUAUCCGAGUUGACAAAUGCAGUACCUUGGCAUUAAAAAAGCGAUCACAAAAUCAGUUCAGUACUUGCCAAAACUCCUCAUCAGCAAUCAACUAAUACCAAAAAUUACCAUUGGUCCAGGAGAAUCAUUUCAAUAUUUAGGACGUUACUUUGAUUUCCACUAUUACGCAAAACAGCCAUAUAGACAAUAAUAUAAUUUAGUAUAAUUACAUAGGUAAUUAUUGAAAAUUCUCCACGCUGAUUGGUUGCCGUUGAGGUGAUUAUUACGCGAUAAUCACCUAAGCGAUUUUCAAAAUGGCGGCCGAAGCCUUUUUGUCAAUUAAAUGACGAAGAGAUGUGUAUUUUUUUAUUUUUUCCAUAUAAUCACCUAUGAAAUUAUACUAAAACAAUUAUUCACCCCAGGCUCGGUGAUUAUCGUGAAUAAAAACCUCGACUUCGUCUCGGUUUUUAUUCACCGAUAAUCACCUCGCCUUCGGCGAAUAAUUGUUAAAUAAAAAAUUUAUUUAAGAAGAACUAACGUUUCGUCUUUAACCUAAGACAUCUUCAGAGUAAAUGAAUAUAAGUAUGACAAUGGGUUACAAAUAUGAAUAAAUUACUAUAUUCAUUUACUCUGAAGAUGUCUUAGGUUAAAGACGAAACGUUAGUGCUUCUUAAAUAAAUUUUUUAUAUUAUAUUAUUAUCUAUAUGGCUCUUUUGCGUACGUUAUGCUGGACAUUAAUCUUUAUACUACGAUUACGAUUCCCGCCUGGUUCAUCACUUGCAAGUGAUUUCCGCAUGUCGAAUGAUAAACAUAAAACUUAACUAACCACUCUACUUAAUGAACUAAUGACUGAUAUUGACUCAAAGCCACUGCACCCCAAAUAUAAACUUCUCUUCUACAGUCGCUACGUCUUGUCCAAGUUAGCAUGGCCCUUCUCCGUCGCAAAACUCUCUAAAACAUGGGUUACUGAAAGUAUCGAUUCUAUUGCCAACAAAUAUAUCCGCAGAUAGCUUCAAGCCAAUAUCAGGAACACUAAGUACUGUCUUUCUAACAAAUACCAAAUUUGGCCUGAGUAUUUAUCCUCCAUCUGUAAAAUUUAUCCAGUGUCAAACAGUCCUCCGAAAAGCUCUAAAAGCUGCGGAAAGACCCUGGUUGGGGCUGGUCACGUGACACCCCAGAAUCUGGGGUGUUUUGCUUUUCGCUCAAAAAGCUCUAGUAAAUUAUGCACAAUAUAUAAUUAGUUACCAAUCUUCUAUGUAGGCGGAACUGUCAGUAUAAUUGUCUUUUUUGUCAGUAAAUGUAAUUGUAAACCGCUAUUAUAUAGCACUAUUCACUUCGUAUCAUAUCUUAAUUCACUAGCGCAUUAUUAAUCUACCCGUCGAAGACUGCAGAUUGGCAGUUGAAAGCUUGCCGUAACAAAUAAAUCUUUUUAACCAGAGAUCGUUUACACAAUUAAUUAUGAAUCCUGGUUUCGCCUCCAAUACUUUUAAAUACGUAUGAUGGAAUUGGUCGAAUUUCGAUAUGUAAACUAAUUUAAAAUUAAAUACACGAUCUUAUGUGCUGUUUAAUAAACGAGCAGGAGUGUUUUAUUAGGUUUAAAGCGAAUGGCUUUAGACCUAACAACGUUAACCUCGGGUCGGUGGAUAGGGGAUCGUCUGGUAAAUAUCCAAAAAUUGUGUAAAUCACGAUAGUUUAAUAGUUCACUAGUAUAAAUGGUGAAUCAGUUAAUCAAAGCUCCGUUUUAAUAUUUUAUUGACAAUAAUUACUGGCCCUCAUCAAACCUAUUGUUUUCUCUCUGCAUUAUAUCAGCGAAUGUCGAGAAGUUUUCAUUUAACGUUCUACUGAAAAACGGGAGCGGCCUUUUUGGUUGUAUAGGGAAAUUCCGGCUCAGGGGUAAAUGUUUAUACGCGUCAUAUUCUAUGUACGCGUUAAAAUAGCACACAACAUUAUUAAAAAUAAUGCAGCGUGCAUCAGUGCACACAGACAUUAUUAGCAAUAAUGCAUCUUCGUCACCCUGACAUGUACACGCGAUAACGUGAACAUCCCAAUAUGAGAAGGUGACAGUGCUAAAGGCCCCCCAUACGGUGUCGUCGGGUGCCUGAAGCACUGUUGGAAACGGUCGCUGUGAGUCUUUUCAGUUCAAUUUUAUAGAGAAAUAGUUUCGUUUGCGCUCGUGGGAUUUUAUCCUAGAUAUACGCAUGUGCAGAAUACACCAUAAGUUCUGUUCCCGUGUUUAUCCAAUACGCUAUUUGAGUAAACCUUAUCAUUAAUGAUAAUAUGUAAACUAGAACACUAUAAUUGACCUCCGCUUGUGGAGAUUUUAAUUUAGAGCGAUUAAUUAAACUGAAAUCUGUUCUAUCACAAUGCACUACAGUGCCUAUGGUUAUGUCUAUAUGCAUGUCCUCACAAAUGUCUAGUGUAACGUUGGAUAGGUUCAUUGUCAUACGGUCCCGACAAGCAGCAACGUGCAGUAGUCUUCCAGCCGAAAAUAAUUACUUUUGAUUCGGGUCAGUAAUUAUAUUAGAUAACAAGUGAAAGUUGGCCGCGGUAUUCCCAUGCUAUGCAUACGAUAUAUUGUACAUUAUAUCAACAUAUACUCGAGAAUAGUUAUCCAGCUAAACAUGUAUGUCAAAAUUAUCACAUCUUCUGGUUUUAAAUCAACAAUUCUGACGGAUUUUGUGCAAGGACAGCUUCGGGUUCCGUUUCGCUUUGGCCGAUGCUUGCCGGAAGUACAAUUAUUUACCGGAAGCUGUCGUCUCCUCCGCAGGCCCUUCGAUCUUCGACUACGCGCGCGGCUCGACACAAAUGGCAAAAAAAACAAAAAAAACAAGAAAAAAAAAAAUAGGAGCCGAAUUUAAGAUCUCGGUGUCGUACCGACCCGAGGUAAUAAAACACGACCUGCGAGUUUAUUAAACGGCUUCAAACAAGACUACAAAUUCAAUAGAUAUACUGCUUUAUUAGUAUUCUUUAUAUAAAGAAUACUGAUGAGGACACGACUACAAUAGGUACUGCCUUAUUAGUAUUCUAUAUAUAAAGAAUACUAAUUAGGAGUAUUUUAUCAGGUUUAAAGCCACUGCACGCGACAUAUUAUGGUUGACAUAAUUUUCCAAUAAGCUUAUAAAUGAUUACCAUUGUUGAAAGUUUGUGCAAAGUGCCAUACCCAUGCAAGGCCCAGAAACAUUUCGUCGUAAUUGAACAUUAUUCGAUAUAUUAAAUAUUUUCAAAAUGCUUAUAAAAGAUGUGUAUUAUUAAUAUUGUUUUACAUCCAUGUUUUGUCGUUAUCGAAAAAUAUAUUGCUUAUAAUUGUCACUAGUGAAUGCGCGUAUGCCGUGCACAAUAUGAGACUUAUGACUCUAGGCUAAAUGUACCAAAUGAAUGGUUCUGCCGACUGUGCGCACCACCUGUUGCUAAGAAGUCUAAAACAUCUGGGUAAUUUUUUUCUUAUUUAAUGUAAGAAAAAUCGCACUUUAACGCCAUUUUCAACUUGCAAUCGUUUUGUUUUGAGAUCAGGGGGGUAUUACCUAAAGAGGGGAGGGGACGAAUGCCCUAAGAUAUACCCUAAGAGGGGGCGAAUCUCGUGGGGGCGAAAAUCCUGUGACAACGGCACUAGAAUGUUUUCGGGACCCCCUUCCUCCUCUCGUCUGCGACAUUAACGGAGGUAGCUUCGCCGCACUGUACCGUCCACAGAAAAUUAUUUGGCCCCAAUCUUAAUUCAGAGGUAUUGCGCGGGAAAGCAAGCAGCGAGAAUAAUUGGUACAUAUAUACUGUCAGUAUACUAUAUAAAUAUCAAGUAUACUUUGUUGUUGAAUACAUUAUGGCGCAACGUCAAAAUUUUCCAUUGAGGCACAUUCGAUACUUUCUCAUUGCCUUAACCUUUUUAUUAUACCUAUUAAAGUUUUUAUGAAUCCGGGGAAAGAGAAGAUGGUGUGUAUCUUAUAGAUCCUGAUGGCUUCGGAACAUUCAAAGUCUGGUGUGAUAUGCAAGAUGGCGGAGGUUGGACAUUGUUUCAAAGACGACAGGACGGAAGUGUAGAUUUCUAUCGUGGUUGGUCAGACUAUAAAGUUGGUUUUGGUCACUUGACCGGCGAAUUCUGGCUUGGGUUGGAUAAAAUACAUCGUUUGACCACAUCUUCUACUCAAAGUAUUUUAAGAAUUGACAUGUGGGAUUUUGCUCGCACACACGCCUACGCCGAGUAUAAGAAUUUUUCUGUGGCUUCUGAGUCAGACAGUUACAAACUAAACAUUGGUAAUUUUUCAGGUAAAUAUAUAUAACAAUUGACUUAUAGCAAGGCAAUAAAAGUUAGACAGAACAUAACCAUACUAAAUUUAUAAAAGUGUGUAGUGUGGUAUAUACAUACAUGCUUCUCUCGUAAAAUAUUGCCUGGUUUAAGUUACAAGCAGUUUCUAUGUGUAAACAGUAACUAAAAAGACUUGAAAUUCGGUGGACAACAGUAUAAAUAAUAUUAUAAGCAACAAUAUGUUUUAGAAAAUGCGAAAAAUGUAGCUUUAUACAUGGCUCUUUCCAUCAAACGAACUCCUCAUGGAUUAAGAUCACGCUACUUCAUUCCUGAUACCAUGAUACUUUUUAUAUCAAAUAUAUCAAAGAUUCCAUGCGUGCAUGUUUCAACUUUAUGCGUAUAAUUGAAUUUUUUUUAAAUUAUUGCUUAUUUCAGCCGACUAAUAAAAAAAAAUCCCACUUGAAUCACGGAUCGUCUGAAAUGGGAUUUUCAGAGCCUUCUCUAGAGAAGACAAUGAAAAUCUCAUUUCGGACGAUUUAGAGACACCAGGUUUCCAAAUGCCCCCAUCCCUCUUUCCCCUACGUUUACCAAUCUUCCUAAGCCCCCGAUAACACGGGAGGAAAGUGAAGCCAAAAAUCCCAAGAUGGGAAUCUGAUAAGCAUACUCAAACUCCAAAAGUUUUGGGAUUUUUCUGAAUAUUUUCAGGCAAUGCUGGUGAUUCAUUCAGUAAUCUCAACGGAAUGAUGUUCACGACCAACGACAGAGAUAAUGACUUAAAGCUUGACCAGAACUGCGCAACGAAACGCCAAAGUGCUUGGUGGAACAAAAGGUGUGGCUACUCCAAUCUGAAUGGGCUGUAUUUCGCGACGUCAAAUGUGACUGCGCAAGGAAUUAUCUGGUACCAUUGGAAAAAUGAUUGGAAAACCAUGAAGAAUGUUGAGAUGAAAAUACGUCUAUCUUAG